AUGAUACCUGGUCGUGCGCCACAACUGGCGCCCAACACACCUUUCGACUGGAACCUUACAACCACGCCCCAACUUGCCAUUAACAACAGAUCUGUUACUGUACCUCGUGGAUUUGCUUUAGGGGGCAGUAGUUCUAUCAACUUUAUGGGAUACACUCGAGGUACUGCAGAUGACUUCAAUCGUUACGCUUCUAUGACUGGCGACGAGGGCUGGUCGUGGGACAAUGUCCAGCCUUACAUCCGGAAGAAUGAAAAGUUUCUUACCGCGAACAGCAACCUUACUCAGUUCGAGCCUUCUGUUCACGGUUUCGUCGGCGUCAAUUCUGUCAGUUUAAAGAGUUCUCCUCGCCGUGAGAUCGAAGAUCGCUUUAUCCAGACCCCACAAGAAAUCCCUGAGUUUCCAUUUAACCACGACAUGAACUCGGGGAACCAUCUGGGUUUUGGAUGGGUUCAGGCAACGGUUGGAAAUGGGUUACGAAGCAGCUCUGCUACCUCAUACCUAGGGCCUGAGUUCAUAAAUCGAUCGAAUCUCAAUGUGCUCGUCAACACUCGCGCGACUCGAUUACUAAGAGCUAAUCGGUCGCUUACCUUCAGCGAGGUCGAACUCACUCAGGAUGGUGGUCGUACCUUCCAGACAGUAACGGCGAGCAAGGAGAUUAUUCUUUCGGCGGGCAGCAUCAUGUCACCCCAUGUUCUUCUCCACUCUGGCAUCGGUGAUUCUGAUGAAUUGGCUGCAGUCGGCAUCGACGUAGUUCAUCAUCUUCCCUCGGUUGGAAAAAACUUGACAGAGCACCCUGUUCUCACGGAUGGCUAUCAGAUAAACUCCAAUGACACUUUUGACGAGGCUAAUCGAAAUCCGGUGUUGGCUGCGGAGCAACUAAAUGAAUGGACGUUGAACAAAACAGGUCUGCUCGCCGAUACGCCCUUAGUGAUGAUGGGCUGGCUUCGGGUAAAUGAAAGCGCAGAAAUUUUCGAUCGUUUCAGUGACCCUGCUGCUGGAAACAGCACUGCGCAUUUUGAGCUUUUUUUCAUCAACAGUUUCAUUGGACCGGUCCCACCCACAGGCAACUUCAUGGCCGUUGGGGCUGCUGUUGUGUCUCCUUCCUCGCGUAAGAUCCUGCAUUAUCUCGAAAAAUCAUCCAUUCAACCUUAUUGCCCCAAUGCAGAUGGAGCGGUAACACUCAACUCGUCAAAUCCGUUAGAUCAUCCGGUCAUUGAUUUUCACCUCCUCCGAUCGGAGUUGGACAGGUUCAUAAUGCGAGAAGCUAUCAGGAGCGUCAAAAGACUAUUCUCUGCGCCAGCUUGGGACGGAUUUAUCAUUGCUUCACCGACCAACGCGACAACAGAUGAAGAACUAGACCAGUAUAUUAACACGAAAGCUACUGGACUUUUCCAUCCGGUGGGAAGCGUUGCGAUGUCCGCGAGAGGUGCAAGCUGGGGUGCAUUGGAUCCGGAUCUGAAAGUGAAAGGGGUCAAGGGAUUGCGGGUGGUGGAUUCCAGUAUAUUUCCGAAAAUGCCUACUGCUCAUACACAAGUGCCAACGUAUAUCGUCGCGGAAAGAGCCGCUGACUUGAUCAAGGAAACAUGGUUUGGAGCUUGA